AUGAACCGAAAUGUGGAAGAAGAAGAUGAAGCUUCAUCAAACUGUGAAAAUUAUAGUCAUGCAACGAAAAUCGUUCACCCCAAAGAUAUAGCGCUGUGGCCACAAAUUAUAACACCCGAAAUGCAAAGGCAAUUUCUGAUAGAGAAACCGUCGUCUGUUCAUGGUAGUUUGGUCACAUCAAAAACUACAUGCCAGGAAGGAUCGAAAACAGUUACCAGAUCACUUACUGAGAAGCACGAGAACAGCAGGGACCACAUGUUAGCAGUAGGAACUUUUGUUACUAGAUCUUCAGCUGUAGGGCGCAUUGACACAGAUUUAGAACACCAAUAUCAGAACGAGAAGAAAUAUUGGAGAGAAGUAUUAAAACGAAUCAUAGCUACCAUAAAAUAUUUAGCCAAACAUGGGCUGGCAUUCCGAGGGUCUAACCAAUCACUUUUUACUGCUGGCAAUGGUAAUUACUUGGGAGCGUUAGAGUAUUUGAGUGAGUUUGAUGGAUUCUUAGCCAAUCAUUUAGAGAAAUAUUCAGGAAAAGGAAAAGGCUCGAUUAGCUAUCUAUCUGCUACCGUAUGCGAUGAGUUUAUCAUGGUUAUACAGGAUGAGGUAAAAUCUAAAUUGAUAAACGAGGUUAAAUCAGCAAAAUAUUUUUCUAUAAUUGUUGAUAGCACCCCUGAUGCAAGCCAUGUAGAUCAGUUAACUAUUGUGCUUCGAUAUGUAUUGCCAGACGGUAAAUCGGUUGAAAGGUUCUUCGGGUUUAUUCCGAUUUUCUCCCACACUGGUCAAUAUUUAGAGACCGUGUUGAUUAACGCAUUAGUCAACAUGAGUAUCGAUAUUCGGAAUUGUCGUGGACAGAGUUUUGAUAACGCAAGCAAUAUGUCUGGGAAAUAUAAUGGCUUACAAGCUAAAAUUAAAAAUCACAGCAACACUGCGGAAUUUGUACCUUGCUCCAGUCGUUCGUUAAACUUAAUUGGGAAUUCUGCGGCAGAUUGUUGUCUCGAUGCGACAAAAUAUUUUGAUUCAGUUCAACAUAUUUACGUCUUCUUAUCAGCGCCAACACAACGCUGGAAUAGAUUGGAAGAAAAUUUCAAAAAUUCUCAAACUACUCAUCUAACGGUUAAAAAGAUUUGUGAUACGAGAUGGUCAGCUAGAGCUGAUGCUAUAAAAGCUUUACAAAAGGGUCAUCACGAAAUACAUAUGACAUUGGAUCAACUAAGUGUUGACAUUUCCCAAAAGAAGAGUGUGCAAUUAGAAGCAAAGGAAUUGUCUAAAAAAAUUGACACGCUAGAAUCUUUUCUUCUCACAUUGAUAUGGGAUAAAAUAUUGAGUCGAUUUAAUGCUACCAGUGAGUCACUGCAGAAUCCGCACUUAUGUCUCCAUAUUGCGACAGACUUUAUAAAAGGUAUCAGAGAAGAUUUCGAUGAUAUUGAAAGACAAGCCAUCAGUUUAUCAAAGAUCAAGAUGUAUGAGAAGGACAUUCGAAGGACUAGACACAGAACGUCAUUUGCUGAUGAGUCACAUACCAGCGAAGUUGUUAGUUAUCGUUCAAUUAAUGACAAGUUCAAAAUUUUCUUCGUCGAUGUUCCUUCUUUGGAUUUGAAAAAGGUCGGGACACUCACUAGAGAUCUAAAAGAGUUUUAUAAAAGUGAUAUCGCCAGCGAGGAAUUUGAUGAAGAAGUUUAUCAGUUUCUGGACUUGGCUUCCAAAAAUGACAUGAGAACACCACAAGAUUUUUAUGAGUUCAUCAUCGAAGAGCAAAUCUCUUCAACUUUUCCGAAUGUUGAAAUUAUAUUAAGGAUAUAUCUCACACUUCCAGUGAGUAAUGCUACUGGCGACCGUAGCUUUUCUGUUCUAAAACGGGUGAAAAACUAUCUUCGCAGUACUUUGUCGCAGGAAAAAGUGAGCUCUUUAGCGCUUUUAUGCAUCGAAAAAGAUGUGUUCAAUGGUAUUGAUUAUGAGGAUAUCAUAAAUACUUUUGCACAGAAAAAAUGCAGAAAAGUUCCUCUGUAA